AUGAAUACAAUUGUUCUUAAAUUAUUUCGCUUAGCUAAGAUGGGAUAAAAAGAGGAAUUCUUGAACUUAAUCUAAUUCAAAGGAAUAAUGAAUAAAUUGUAAUAUUUAAAUGGAAAAUAAUUAUCUAUGAUAAUAUAUGCCUAUCAAAAAUUAAAAUUGAUGAAUUAAGAAACAUAAUAAGAAUUUGAAUAAUUGUAUUUGAAAAGUGUUAAAAAAUUAAAUGUUCAUGAUCAUGUAAUGUGUGGUUGGUCUCUAAAAAAUACUUAAAAUAAAGAAGUAUAAAAUACUUUAAUUUAAUCAUUUCAUGAAAAUUGGAUCUAAAUUAAACAAAUGUAAUAAACAAAAGCUAAUAUUGGGUUAAUUGCUUAUUUAGCUGCAAAUGAAAAAAAUCCUGAAGAUCCAAUUUGGAAAUAGAUUGAAGAAGUAUUUUAUGAAACUAUGGAAUUCUAAGAUUAAAAAAAUUUUAUGAUAAUUCUUUAUGCUUUUUCUAAAGUUUAACCAAAAAGUGAUUCAAUUUGGAUAUAACUUGAGAAAUAUAUUUGGGGUUAAGGAUUUGAUUAAUUCUCUAGAAGAAAUCAAAUUCUUAUGGUUUAUUCAUUUGCUAAAGUUUCUAAAGGUUCGAUUCAAUUUUGGGAAUUAGCAACAAAAUAAAUCUAAAAUCUCAAAUUUUAAUAUUCAGAUGAUAUUUCAUUUUGUAUUUGGGCUUUUGCUAAAAUGAAUAUUAAUAAUGUAUAAUUUUGGGAGAAGAUGAUCAAUAAAUAAGUUUAGAUAUGGGAUAAAGUAACUUUAGCAGAUAUUGAAAAUACAACAUGGGCUUUAGAAAAAGUUUUAUUGACAAACUAAAAUAUUUGGAAUUAAGUCUUAUAAAAAUAAGUUUCUGAUUAACAAUCUAUUUCGUUAAAAUAUAAUGAAUUCGAUGAAAUUCUCACUAUUGGAAAAAGAUUACAUAAUUUGAAAAUGGAUUAGAGUCCAUUAUUCGUAUCUCUAUAAAAAAAAAUUAAAAAUUUGUUAUCUGAGAAAAAAGUAAAUUUUUGUACUUUGCAUCGACUACAUUUUUUGUCAGUUUUUAUUGAAAAAGAUAAUAAUAUUUAUGAUGAAAGCUUAAUAUAAUAAUUAAUUAUAAGUCUUAAUUAAAAUUAAUCAUAUAAUUCUAACCUUAAUUUACUAAAUAGUUUAACAUUGCUUUUAUAGAACUAAACUUUAGCAAAAUUAUAAAUAAAUAAUAAACUUCAAGAAGUAAUUAAUAAAUGUUUUACUAAUAUGCAGUUUCUUGAUUUUAAAUCUACGAUAGAUUAAGAAAAAUAUUUUUGGAUUGGAUCUUAUCUCCUUGAAUGUAAAUAAGAUUAGAUUAUGCCAUUAUUUGCAUCUGAAAAAAUGUAUGAGAAAGUAGAACAUAAUAUAUCUCAUUUAUGUAGUUUAAUUAAGAUUUUAUCAAAAUAUGAAAAUGGUUAAGAUUUUUUUAAUAGAUUAAGAAGAUAUGAUAAUCCAAAACCUGAUGUUUUUUUGAGUUUAUUUUUCAAUAUGAUUCAUAAAUAUGGAUAUUUAAUCCCUUAAGAAAAAUACCAGAAAAUUAGAAAUAUGUUAAAAUCAAUUAGUUAAACAAAACAGAAAAUGGAAAUUUAAAAUAAAUUUAUUGAUUUUAUUUUAAUUAAGAACAAUAAUAUAGUAGAAGAUAUUAAUGAAUUGUUAAAAAUAUAGAUAUAAGAUUAUUUAUAAUAAUAUUAAAAUGUUAUUGAAGUAAUUUAUUAAAUAAAAUAUUAUCUAGGUAGAUUUGUAAAAAAUAUUAUAAGAAUAAGUGAGUAAAUAAAGAUUAGAGUUCUAAUAGUAGAUUGAUUUAAAAAACCAUAAAUUUAUAGAUAUUGUAAAUAUUGACAUUUAAGGAUAAAUUGAAGAAGACAACUAAAAAUGA